AUGGAGGUUCUGCCUGUGCAUCCCGGACCUGCAUCGCUAGAGCUACUGUUGCUACAGGCCGAGCAUAGGUCUUCAUAUGUAUGGGAUGGGCAGCGUUUCUCCCAGACAUUCCGCGCCAGACAUAUAGACGAUAUGUGGGAGUUCAUUGGGGCCCACUCACUCCAUCCCCGUAUAGUUAGACGCCUUCAGGAUACGGGUUUCUACAGGAUUAUAGAGAUCGGUCGGUUGCAGUUCGACUGGGCGUUGAUCACGGCUAUGAUAGAGCUGUGGCGACCGGAGACACACACGUUUCAUCUACCCAUCGGCGAGGCUACUAUCACACUUAAGGACGUGGAGGUUCUUUUUGGUCUGCCGGUUGAUGGACUACCUGUAGCUUACCCGCAUGCUCUUAGAGAAUAUACGGGAUUGCAUUACAUGCAGAUGUUGCAACGACUCACCGGCUAUUGGCUUACAUCUAUUCUACCAGUUAGGACUGCAGAUGCAAUAACAUACCGGCGAGAGAGCGACAUCUUUGCACGUGGAUGGUUGGCAGGUUACAGAUCUGGCUACCCGGACAUUGAGGCUUCUGGUAUUUUUGCACCUACGAAGAAGAAAUUGCAGGUGCGAGAGCGCACGUACGGAGAGGUGCGAGAAGAGCUGGACUUGAUAGUCUCUGCAGGUGCGGAGAAAUUGUGCGCAUCAGCGGCUCCGUAG